AUGGAUCUCCGUGAUAUUAUAGCCACUACUGGCUUCGCGACCUACAGUCUGCGUCACCCUCGGGAGGCAAUGUCAAGCUUUGGCCCGACCCUGAAUGAGGCCACCUUCGGCUAUUUAGGGACAUCGUUCCAGCCAGACCGCGAUAUUCGCAACCUGGAAGGCAAGGUCGUCCUUGUGACAGGAGGUGCCAUCUCAUAUUUCUACAUAUCUACAGCUUCUAGAUCACUAACACUGCGAUUGAUUGACUCAGGAAAUGCCGGCCUAGGCAAAGAGACCAUCCUCCAACUCACCAAGCAUCGCCCGUCGCGCAUCUACAUGGCCGCGCGCACCGAGAGCAAGGCGCGCGAGGCAAUCGAAUCGCUGCAAAGCCAGCUCUCGUCCCCUGCCGACAUCCGCUUCCUCUCUCUCGAUCUCUCUUCCUUCAAAUCCAUCCGCGCCGCCGCAGCCAAGUUCCAGUCCGAUAGCGAUCGCCUAGAUAUCCUGAUCCUGAAUGCGGGCACGAUGGCCAACCCUCCUACAACGACGGAAGAGGGCUUUGAGGUCCAGCUCGGCACAAACCACAUCGGUCACUUCUUGUUCACAAAACUGCUUCUGCCUACCCUGCAGAAGACCGUUGAUCUUCAGCGCGCCAAGGAUGAGGUCCCCGAUGUCCGGGUCGUGACUGUUGCUUCGGCGGCUCACGCUGUUGGCCCUUCCACCUUUGAGGAAAUUACAUCUACACCUGGCUUGCUGGCUUCUAGUACCUGGACGCGCUACGGCGCUUCUAAGUCGGCUAACAUCCUCUUUGCAUCCGAGCUGGCCCGCCGGCAUCCUGAUAUCUUGUCUGUUGCUGUGCACCCCGGUGCAGUUAACAGCGGGCUAUAUGCACAUACGAAGAGUCUCAACUCGGUAAUGAAGUACGGUAUCGCUGCUGCUGGCUCCAUGGUCUUCCGGAGUGUCGCUAGUGGAGCCUUUAAUUCUCUUUGGGCGGCUGGCACGCAAAGGGAAAAUCUUAUCAACGGAGCUUACUACACUCCCGUUGGGUACCGCAGUGGUGGCACUGCGCCUGUACAGAACGCGCAAUUGGCUCAAAGGCUCUGGGAUUGGACUGAGAGCCAAUUCGUCAUCAGCGAGCUCCUCAAUGCCGGACACAAAGUCCUAAACCUGGACCUAAUGCACAUGGAACAUCCAGACGUGCACACCCUGAAAACUGACCUGGCCGACAGUGGUCAGGUCUUCAACGCUCUCUCCGGUCAAUGGACGCUCACCGAGCCCUUCCCGGAAGGCCUCCCGCCACGACCAGACGCCGUAAUCCACCUCGCAGGCUAUGCACGCAACAUGCUCGUACCAGACAACGAGACCUUCCGCUCGAACACGCAGGGCACAUACAACAUCAUCGAGGCUGCGUGCAAGCUUGGGGUGCGCAAGAUCAUCAUUGCCAGUAGCAUAACAGUGUACGGGGUGUCGUUUGCGCAGGGUGAUGCCAACUUCCCCUCAUUCCCGGUCCACGAAGACCUGGACGUCAACCCGACAGAUACUUACGCGAUCGCGAAACUGUGUAACGAGCGCAUCGCUCGGGGUUUUGCGGCGCGCUUCGGGGCGGAUAUCUACAGUCUGCGCAUUGGGCGCCUUAUCGAACCUCACGAGUACAAUGAUGAUAUCUUCUAUAGCUAUGUGCAUGAGCCGGCGCUGUGGAAGGUGCAUGGAUGGUCCUAUAUUGAUGCGCGCGAUCUGGGUGGGAUGUGUGAAGCGGCGCUGAGGACUACUGGGCUCGGGUUUCAGGUCUUCAAUGCUACCAAUGAUCAUAUCACCAAUCUUAGUCCUACGAAGGACUUUUUGAGGUCGCAGUUCCCGGAUAUACCUAUCACGCGUGAGAUGGAGAAGUUUGAGGCGCCGUUUUCCAAUGCGAAGAUAAAACAGCUUCUUGGGUUUAAGGAGCAGCAUCCUUGGCAUAAGUAUUUUACUAAUUGGGAGAAGAAGCAGAUGAAGAUGAAGGAGAAGGAGGAGAUAGAGGAGAAGAAGGAGAAGAAGGAGAAGAAGUAG